AAAAUAUUACAAGCCAUGUCAGCUUGUUGUGGGGCUGUUGUGAGAAAUGAGUGUAGGGAUCAUUUCUCAACCAUAAAACAAAGAGCAAAACCAUGACGAAGAGGAUUGCAGUUGUUACGGGGGCCAACAAAGGGAUAGGAUUUGAAAUAUGUAAGCAGCUUGCUUCAAAUGGGGUCAAGGUUAUAUUAACUGCUAGAGAUGUGACGAGGGGCAAUGAAGCUGUUGAAAAACUCAAUGCUGCUGGAUACUCCGAUGUGAUUUUUCAUCAACUUGAUGUUGGGGACAAGGCUAGCAUUUCUUCUUUUGCAAAUUUCAUCAAAACCCAGUUUGGGAAGCUUGACAUAUUGAUAAACAAUGCAGGGAUUGCUGGUGCCAUAAUCAACGCCGAAGAUCGAGAGGGCGUAAAACAAGGGUUUAAUAAACUUACAAAUGCAAAUCCUGGAUCCUUGGAGACAGUUUUUAAGCAAACUUCAGAAACUGCAUCGGAUUGUAUAAGAAUAAAUUAUUAUGGGUCGAAGCACAUGAGCAAAGAAUUAGUUCCACUUCUUCAAUUAUCCAAUUCAGCAAGAAUAAUAAAUGUCUCCUCUUCCUUCGGACAGCUAAAGCAUAUCCCAAAUGAGAAUGCAAGGAAGGAGUUAGGAGAUGUAGAUGGUCUCACAGAAGAAAAAGUGGACAAGGUAGUCGAAGGGUUCUUAGAAGAUGUCAAGGAGAAUUUGAUACAAGUCAAAGGCAGGGCUGCAAAUUUUUCUGCUUACAAUGUCUCCAAGGCAGCUCUGAAUGCUUAUGCAAGGAUUCUUGCUAAGAAGUAUCCCAACAUUGCCAUUAACUCAGUUUGUCCCGACUAUGUCAAGACAGAUCUUAAUCACAACACUGGGGUCUUGACUGCUGAAGAAUGUGCAAAAGGUCCUGUCAUGCUAGCUUUGAUGCCUGACGGUAGACCUUCCGGCCUAUUCUUUGAUCAUAAGACAGAAGUCUCAACCUUUUAACUGAUAACUAGUAAAAUAUAUACGAUGUAGUUGCUCAUUUUCAUGUCACA